AUGAACUCUCGUAUUGCUUUCCUCUUUUCUACUCUUGUUAUUUUUCUGAUUUCCGCCUCCAUUUAUGAGAUCGAUUAUCAAGCUUUGUUGCAGUUCAAGUCAAUGAUCAUGAAUGAAGAAGUUCUAAGCUCAUGCAACACUUCCUUUCAUUUCUGUGAUUGGAGUGGUGUUUUAUGUGGGAAGCAGAAUAAAAGAGUCACUGCUCUAAAUAACAAUUUUCAAGGUACGAUCCCUCAUGAACUCGGUCAUCUAUCUAGGCUAUGUUUUCUCCAAUUUGGCUACAAUAAAUUCAACGGAGUCAUUCCAACUAACCUGUCUGGUUGUUCUAACCUUGAAGAGCUUGAACUCUAUGCUAACAAGCUAGUUAGAAGCAUACCCAAAGAGAUCAGUUUAGGGAUGAGCAAAAGGACCGAACCGGCCGGAACCGGGAACCGGCUUCGGCCAAAAUCAAGAACCGAACCGGCCCGGCGGUUCUACCGGUUCCGGUUCUGCCGCUUAACCAGUGGAAUCCCUCCUGUCUUGAAGAAUAUAACAUCAAUGGAACAGUUCUCUGCUACAAGAAAUCCAUUGGGUGGAAGCAUUCCUAACACCUUAGGAAAUUGGAAAAUUUUAUCAGAAUUUUACUCUGGUGCUUGUAACUUAUCUGGAACCAUCGCUCAUUCCAUUUUUAACCUCUCACUCCUAACUAAUUUUUCCUUGCCUGUCAAUCAGCUUACUGGUAGUCUUCCUUCAGCCAUAGGUGAAAUGCUCCCUCAUCUUGAGUUCCUUCAAUUACGGGACGAUAUGAAGUUUAUUGAUACUUUGAAGAACUGCAGCAGAAUAAAGGUGUUACAUCUUAUUAACUGCAAUUUUCAAGGAGUGCUGCCCACAACAAUUGGUAAUCUUUCUGAUCAACUAAGUAUUCUAAGUUUGGAUGGAAAUGAUAUAUAUAUAUAUGGAAACCUCCCUUCAAGUAUAGGUAAUCUGGUCGGCUUGAUCGGUUUCUCUUUAACAGAAAACCAAUUUACAGGAAAAAUCCCCUCCACCAUUGGUAACCUUCAAAAGCUACAAGAAGCUUACUUAUAUAACAACCAAUUUUCAGGGCCAAUUCCAGAUGCCAUCGGGAACUUAUCAUUGUUGACUGGCCUUUGGUUAAAUUCCAACAAAUUGGAAGGACAUAUUCCAUCAAUCCUGGGAAAUUGUCAUCAUUUAUUGGAGUUACACCUUGACGAUAAUAAACUCAGUGGAAAAAUACCUACUCCACUUCUUCAACUUACAUCUCUAACCAUCAUACUAAAUCUUUCUCAAAACAACAUGUCUGGGUCACUUCCAGUAGAGGUUGGUGAACUCAAGUUGUUGACUUCCUUGGAUUUAUCUGAUAACAAUUUAUCAGGAAACAUUCCUAGUAGCAUUGGUGGUUGUACUAGCCUUUUAUUAUUAUUCCUCAAAGGCAACACAUUUCAAGGCAUGGUACCAACGUCAUUAAGUUCCAUGAAAGGAGUUUCGACCCUCGAUCUUUUGCAUAAUAAUUUAUCAGGCCAAAUUCCUCGAUUCUCAGAACAACUGACCUUAUUAGAAUAUGUAAACCUAUCCUUUAAUGAUUUUGAGGGUGAAGUACCAGUGAUAGGAGUUUUUGCCAAUGCAAGGAAAUUCUCUGUUUUGGGGAAUAGCAGGCUUUGUGGUGGCUUGGCUCAGCUUGGGUUACCAAAAUGCAAAGAGACAGAAAAACAUCAAAAAAGGUUUCCUUUGUUCGUCAUACUCAUUCCGGUCGCAUCCACACUUUUUACCAUAUUAUGUUUUGCAUUUGUUUUAAGUAAGAAAAGGAAGAGCCACCCGUCUCAAUCAUCGGGAGACGAACGGUUCAUGAAAGUAUCAUAUGCUCAACAUCUCAAGGCUACCAAUGGCUUCUCCCAAGCCAAUUUGAUAGGCGAUGGUGGGUUCGGCUCUGUUUACAAAGGAGUCCUUGAUGAUCAUGAUGGUGGAAUUGUUGCAGUCAAAGUUCUACAUCUGCAAAACCGAGGUGCCCACAGAAGCUUUAUAGCAGAGUGUGAAUUGCACUCAAGUGCAAGUAAUUCCAGACUCAGCCUUCUUCAAAGAAUAAAUAUCCUUCUUGAUGUCGCAAGUGCACUUGAUUACCUUCACAAUCAUUGCCUGCCAACCCUCGUUCACUAUGACCUGAAGCCUAGCAUCAUUCUGUUGGAUGAUGAUAUGGUGGCCCAUGUUGGAGACUUUGGUUUAGCUCGAUUUCUUGGAGCAAAUUCAAACAAAAACAGCACAAGUGGCAUUAGAGGAACGAUUGGGUACACACCUCCAGAGUAUGGUGUUGGGAGUGAAAUGACAAGUAGUGGGGAUGUCUAUAGUUUUGGAAUACUAUUAUUGGAAGUGAUGACAGGGAAGAGGCCCACGGACAGCAUCUUUAAUGAAGGCCUCAGCCUUCAUAAGUUUGCAUGCAUGGCCUUGCCAAACCAUGUGACCGAUGUUAUUGAUGAUGACCUCCUGAAUUUUCUUCAAGAGGAUGCCAUUGCUACAAAACAUACAAUAGCAAAUGCAAAGAAAAUGGAGGAAUGUUUGGCUUCAAUUAUCAAGCUUGGAGUAUCAUGCUCCGUGGAUUCCCCACCACAACGGAUGAAUAUCGAAAAUGUUGUCCACGAGUUGCAGCAUAUUUUAAAUAUACUUUAAAAUAUAUUAAGUAUUUGGAGAAUCUUGUAUUUUGAUGGUAUAAAAUACGAAAUAAAUGGAUUGAAUGCAUUAUUUUAACUUUUGGGUUCAUUUGAAAGAACGAAAUUUUUGGG